GAAAGUUCUUAAAAAUUUUGAGAUAAAAUACAACCUAAAAUCAGUAAAUACAGUAUUAAGUAAUUUAUGAACGAUGAAGGGGUGUUUAAUAUUUGCUGCGUUACUGAUCUUUGUAAACGGUAAAAACAUAAAUUGCAAUCCAAAAUGGUGGAAAAAUAUGUUAUUAUACCAAAUUUAUCCGAGAAGUUUUAAGGACAGCAAUGGAGAUGGUGUAGGUGAUAUUAAAGGUAUUAUCAGCAAACUGGAUUAUUUCCAAGAUUUAAAAGUCGAUGCUAUAUGGUUAUCUCCAUUCUAUUCAAGUCCAAUGUUCGAUAUGGGAUACGAUAUUAGCAACUUUACAGAAGUCGAUCCAAUCUUUGGUACAUUACAAGAUUUUAAAGAUUUAGUAAAAGGUACUCAUGAGAGAGGUAUGAAACUAAUCGUGGACUUCGUUCCUAAUCAUACAUCGGACAAGCACAAGUGGUUCGAAAUGAGUAUCAAAAAAAUCGAUCCCUAUACAAACUAUUACGUUUGGAGAAAAGGACGAACUCUUCCUAACGGUACCAUCACGUAUCCAAAUAACUGGAUAAGUACUUACAAUGAUCCAGGAUGGAUUUGGAAUGAAGAAAGACAGGAAUAUUAUUAUCACCAAUUCUCGACAUUCCAAAUUGAAUUAAACUACAACAGCACAGAACUUAGAGAAGAAAUGAAGAAUGUCUUGAAGUUUUGGUCAGCUUUGGGAGUGGACGGUUUUCGAAUGGAUGCUGCACCUUAUUAUUACGAAGAUCAAAAAUUUUUAGAUGAACCACUUUCUGGAACCAUUUACAAUCCUCACGAUUACUAUUCUACGAAAAAAAUAUACACGAGAGAUCAACCGGAGACCUACGAUUUAGUUCAAAGCUGGCGGGAUUUACUAAACGAAUAUUCCAUCAAAGAGAAAUGUCCAAAGGUUUUGAUCAUUGAAGCAUACGCCAGCGUGAAUUAUACUAUGGAUUAUUAUAAACACGGGGCACACUUUCCUUUUAAUUUCAAUUUUAUCGAUAAACUGAAUAAAGAUUCAACGGGAUCGGAUGUGGCAAAAUACGUGGAAGAUUGGAUAUCGAAUAUGCCCGAUGACAGCGUCGCCAACUGGGUGAGUGGAAAUCAUGACAAUCGUAGAUUAGUGUCACGAAUUGGAGAAAAACGAGCCCGCAUAAUCAUGAUCUUGGUAUUUCUACUUCCGGGUGUGGCCGUGAUUUACAACGGCGAUGAAAUAGGUAUGGAAGAUACGGUACUUUCUUGGGAAGAUACAAAGGAUAACGAAGCCUGUAACGCCGGUAAAGAUAAUUACUUAUCUAAAAGCAGAGAUUAUGGAAGAACACCUUUCCAAUGGGAUAAUUCUACUUCGGCCGGAUUUUCUACUAAUCCCAAACCUUGGUUACCUUUGAAUAGUAAUUACUUAAAAUUGAAUUUGGCCAAUGAAAGGAUAUCGAAGGAUUCUUUCUAUAACAUGAUAGUAUUUCUUUCGAAAUUCAAAAAAGAUUUUCCUACGGAGAACGAAAAAUUUGUUAUGAAAGUACCAAACAAAAAUGUUUUAGCCUUUUCAAGACAUACGAAAUAUAACAAGCCUGUUUAUAUAGUGGCAAAUUAUGGAAAUAAUGAUGAACAUGUUGAUAUGAAAAUCUUUAAUGAUGUGCCAAAGAAACUUAUACUUUAUUACACUACAAAGUCUUGUGAUAUGUCUAUUGGAGGCAUCAUCAAAGACAGUGGCAAUCUAAAAGUUCCUGCACAAACGGGAUUCAUUCUUACCAGCAUUUCUUAAUUGGAUAUUAUUUAUUCAAAUGCACAAUGUUAUCAAGAAUAAUUACACCAUUUCUCAGAACAUUGUUACAAGGAAUAAAUGAUUCUAAUCUUUGUUAA